AUGUCUACACAGGACUCUGCAAUUUCAAUUCCAUCCUCGCCCUCCGCCUCAGAUAAUUCUCAGCUGUCUCCAACUUUAGGCCAGGAGAAGAAAGCCAGAAAAAGGAAAAGUAUAAUGACAAAAAGGUGUCUAGAUGACAGUGGGAUACAAGAAGAUUAUAAUACGCCACCCAAAAGAGGAAAAGUUCAAACUGAGGACUCUGCAGAUUCAGUCCAGUCUUCGCCCUCCGCCUCGGAUAAUUCUCAGCUGUCUCCAACUUUAGGCCAGGAGAAGGAAGCCAGGAAGUCGAAAAAUGUAGAGACAAAAACGCAUCUGGUUGACAAUCAGGUACAAAAGGAUCAUUCUCCGCCAUCUAACGCAGAAAAAGUGCAAACUGAGAAACAGGUUACUAGAAAAAAGCAAAAGCAGGAUGGUCUGGAUGCUUCUUCAGGGUGGACAGAAGCUGAUAAUGAUGGAAUGUUAGACCAGCUGGUCUGUCUGUUUGCCAAGCUGAUCUUAUAG